CGGGGGGGCGCGGCUAGCGGCUGCGCAGGGACAACCGCCCGGUUGGCGCUGAGCGGUGCUGCGAGCUUGUGAGGUGUCCUCGGCCUGACCCGGCGGCUCCGGUCCCCCGCGAUGUCGGGGACGGAGCCGGGCAGCUCGCCUCUCUGAUUGGGUCUCAGCACGGACGGCACGGAGGGAGGCCAUGGCGGAGUCCUGCGAGCCCGGGCGGCGGGCGUCCGCGGGCGGCGGGAGCUUGGAGGAGGACGACGACGAAGAGCGGGAGCCGCUGCUGCCGCGGAUCGCCUGGGCCCAGCCACCUAAGGGCGCCCCAGGGAGCGCCGUCAGGCUCGUGGAGGCUGCCGGCGAGGAGGGCUCGGCCUGCCCUCCCGAGGCUGGAGACGAGGAACUGCUGCUCUCGUCCCGGGACGCGCCCUGCGGCUCCUCCCGGGGCGUGAGGGUCCUCCGAAGCUCGCCCACCAACCCGAACCGGAAACGCCCCCUGGGUGCAGCAUUGAAUACAUUCCUGGAUGAUCCUGAAUUUGCUGAUGUUAUAUUGAAAGCAGAGCAAGCAAUAGAAUUUGGAGUUUUUCCAGAAAGAAUCUCUCAAGGUUCAAGUGGAAGUUACUUUGUGAAGGAUCCUAAGAGGAAAAUUAUCGGUGUAUUUAAACCCAAAUCAGAAGAGCCUUACGGUCAGCUGAAUCCAAAAUGGACCAAAUAUGUUCAUAAAGUCUGCUGCCCUUGCUGCUUCGGAAGAGGCUGCCUGCUGCCUAAUCAGGGAUACCUUUCUGAAGCUGGCGCCUCCCUUGUGGACGAAAAGCUGCAUCUGGGUAUCGUACCUAAAACAAAGGUGGUUUGGCUUGUCAGUGAGACAUUUAACUACAGUGCAAUUGACCGUGCAAAAUCUAGAGGCAAAAAGUAUGCCUUAGAGAAAGUGCCAAAAGUAGGUAGAAAAUUCCAUCGGAUAGGACUCCCUCCUAAGAUUGGUUCCUUUCAGUUAUUUGUUGAAGGUUACAAGGAGGCUGAAUAUUGGCUUAGAAAAUUCGAAGCUGACCCUUUGCCUGAGAAUAUUAGAAAACAAUUUCAGUCACAGUUUGAAAGAUUGGUUAUUUUGGAUUACAUCAUCAGAAAUACAGACAGGGGAAAUGAUAAUUGGUUAAUCAAAUAUGAAAAGCAGCAACAGGGAAAGGAAGUUAAGGAAACGGAAUGGAUUGAUGACAAAGAAUCACUUAUUAAAAUAGCUGCAAUUGAUAAUGGUCUGGCAUUUCCUUUCAAGCAUCCUGAUGAGUGGAGAGCCUAUCCAUUUCAUUGGGCUUGGCUUCCUCAAGCAAAAGUUCCUUUUUCUGAAGAAAUAAGAAACUUGAUUCUACCAUAUAUUUCUGACAUGAACUUCGUGCAAGAUUUAUGUGAAGAUCUUCAUGAACUUUUUAAGACUGACAGAAGAUUUAACAAAGUUACCUUUGAAAAUCAGAUGUCUGUGAUGAGGGGUCAGAUCUUAAACCUUACUCAGGCGCUGAAGGAUGGGAAGAGUCCCGUCCAGCUGGUGCAGAUGCCGUGUGUGGUCGUGGAGCGCAGCCAGGGCCGGGGCCAGGGCCGCGUGGUCCACCUGAGCAGCUCCUUCACCCAGACGGUCCACUGCAGGAAGCCGUUUUUCUCCUCGUGGUAGCGGGUGUGCGAGGAAGAGAAACAGACCGUUGGCAUUAUGACAUUGUUAAAACAUGACCACAUUGCGAAUCUGCUGUUAAGAUCUCGGGUUGCCAAAACCUCAAAUAAUGUAAGUCUUGAAAAGGUUAUCUGUUGAAUGUAAUCAAAAGUUUACAGUUUUUCUGUCCAAAUAUUCAAUUUCUGUUUCAGGGAAGAAGUGAAAUAUCUCCUAAAUUGUAUUUUUGUAGAAAAUUUUUAUUUUAUGUUGUUUUGUUAGUUGAAAAGGUAAUUUCAUGGUUUACACAUUCUGAGGUGACUGUAAUUACUUUAGAAUUCCAAAUAGAAAAGUAAGGUAUUUGUUGACUCUGAAUAACUUUUUAUAUUCUUUAUAAACAUUGAGGGACGUUUGUGUUCAAUCUUCUUACGUUAUAAAAGGCCUUCGAGGGUGAAACUGCUCUUGUGAACUUUAAUAGAGCGGUUAAUAGAAAAACUGGUAAGAAUAGAGUAAUGUUGCCUUAAUUUAAAAAGCUGCUAUUUUAGAACUUGAGUAAUUGCCCCUAAAGUGACCAUUGUUAGGGAAUGGAAAAUUAUAUUUUGGUUAAGUAACAGGUAACCAUUUUGUUUUCUGUGCUUCAGAAUAUUUUUGGCCAAUUAUUUUGUUAAAGCGAGGGAAUAAAUCUAAAGAUAUUCUCCCUUUUUAGAAAAUGGAGGCACUCAGCUGAGACUGGAGGGGUAUAAUACGAAAUUAGAGUAGAUCGCCAAUAUUUUGAAAUUCCACCAUAGCACUGAAAGUCCCUUUUGUUUCUUCCGUGGAAUCAGUUACCUAAUCACUUAGUACUUUAGAUUACUGAUCUUUGUGGAGUGCUUCAGUGAGGAUUGACUUCCCUGAAGAGUAAACCGUACCUCAAAGUGUAUAUCGGAUUGCAUUUUGGGGUCCUAAGGCAUAAGUCCUUGAAAAUAACAGUAGUAUUUUACGGUAUUGAAGUUACCUAUGUUAAUAUAAUUACGGUCAACUGUAAAACAUCAGCCCUACUAACGGGGAACGUGACACAGACAACCAUAAAGUCAUUUCGAUAUGAUUUGGAGUAUCAGUAUGGCCGCCACGCUAGGGUUUUGUAGCACCUCGAACUCCCCGGUGAUUUAACGUGAGAGGAGCCCAGUAUGAAGAUGGAAUUCUGCGGAACCGGAAGCUCCAUCCUCUUCCCCGGGCCCCAAACAAGUAACACCACCACCCAAACUAAACUGGCAAUUUGUGCUCUGGGCCUUUUGGGGGUUUUUUAGCUGUCUCAUGAAUUUUUCUUUAAUUAAGUAUUUUUGUGUAAAAAACGUUUCCUGAAGGCUCAGUGAAGACCGAAGACAAAUGGGCAGACCCCCCUCCCCUCGCCCCCCUGCCUCGGUCUGCCUGGUCUGUGUGGCUGUGGGGAGUGAGAUCCCGCAGCCUCCGGGAGCGCUCGCCGUGCACCCGUGCCCUCCCGCCUCCCCGGCCUUCCGUGACCGUGACCGAGAUGCUGGGAUCAUGGGAACUUGACUGUAAAUUCAAAACCCAACCCCUGUCAUUAGAGAAAUACUAGGAAUUAAAAUGUGCCUUUUGAACAUGUGUUCUUGAAUAAGUUGUUAUGAUGUGGGUACUGCUUUCAUAAAACAGGUUUUUUCUGUAUUUUGAGAAUUGCUAUAUUAGUUUUUAUAAUGGAAAACUUAGUAAAUUCCUACUGUUUUAUAUCCUGAAUUUGUUAAAAUAGUAUGGAAAUAUUUUUAAAUGGCCUGGCCAGGGUGGAAGAGUAAAGUUGAAAUAUUUAAGAUGUGAUCAUAAGUCAACGCACAUUGGUUAUUUUUGUAGAUUUUCAUGAACUUGACUCUUAUUUAAAUAUUGUGUUAAUUUUUUGAAUGAGUAUAUUUAUAGUUUCAAACUUGGUAGACUAAAGGUAAUAAAAAUCACUGUCUUAAGGUCACAGUUCUCCUGAAGUAUGUAUAUUGAAUAUUUAGAAUGUUUGUGAGCACAUUUAUGUUUACAAAUGACGCUAAACCACCAUCUUCCUUGCAUCUUCAAAAUUCCAAAAGCCACAUGUAACUGGAACCUUUAUAAUUGGAGACAUUUUAAUUUUGUUUGUGUGCUCCCCAAAUUUGUCAUCACUCGGAGGCUGUGGAAAACCUGUGGGAGGUUUUUUAAAACUUGAAAACAAUUGGAGUCACAAAGGUUUUUUUUAAAUUUUGUACUGACGGAAUUAAAACCUUAUUAAAAACA